UGAACCAGGACCAAACUGUGGCCAGCUGGUGUUGCACACUUCUCCUGAAGCUCAAUACACAGAUGAGGAAGGGACUGAAAGUUUAUGCUCAGACUCCAGUAAAACUGCAGAUCCGGAGCCAAUGAGACGACACGGUGACCACGAAGAUGCUGCUGUCCCGUCAGACAGCAACUGUAAAUCAAAGCUGAUCAGGACCCACAUGGGGAAGAAGGUGUUUUCUUGCAGCACUUGCAGGAAAGAGUUCAGUAAAAGUAGUAUUUUAAUGGAUCACAUGAAGAUCCACACUGGCGAAAGGCCGUACUUGUGCAACACCUGCGGAAAAUCGUUUAGAAAAUUAUCAACAAUCGAAAAGCAUAAAAUGAUCCACAUGGGCGAGAAGCUCUAUGUCUGCAAAACAUGUGGAAAAAGUUACAGGCAAAAUUCCAGCCUGGUGAUUCACUCGAGGACCCACACCGGCGAAAGGCCAUACCUGUGCAACACCUGCGGCAAAACUUUUACUUCAUUAUCACAUCUUAAACGCCACAUAACCACGCACACGAGCCAGAAGCCUUACAUCUGCAAAACAUGUGGAAAAAGUUACACAGAACGUUCCGGCCUGCUGGUUCACUCGAGGAUCCACACUGGCGAAAAGCCGUACCUGUGCAACACCUGCGGCAACGCCUUUACUCAAUCAUCACUUCUUAAACGCCACAUAACCACGCACACGGGCGAGAAGCCCUACAUCUGCAAAACAUGUGGAAAAAGUUACAGGCUACGUUCCACCCUGGUGGUUCACUCGAGGACCCACACCGGCGAAAAGCCGUACCUGUGCAACACCUGCGGAAAAACCUUUACUGAAUCAUCAACUCUUAAACGGCACAUAACCACGCACAUGGGCGAGAAGCUAUAUUUGUGCAAGACGUGCAACAAAGGUUUUAGCUGCAGAAUUCAUUUGCUGAGUCACAUGAAAAAUCACCCGGAGGAGAAGUCUGGUGACUCGUGACAAAUGAAGUUCAUGUUGUCGUCCUCCCGGGGCAGCUGUCCACUCCUGUCUGACCCACAGAAGAAGAACCCGCAGAAGUCCAACCACCACCUCCUGUGGCUGAUGAGCCUAAUCCCCUCCCCACAAGGGUUGCAGGUUCAACCUGGAUUUAUGCUU